GGGGUGGGGCCGGCUUCGGAUCCUGUGCCAGCUGCCCACCCCCAGGAGGCCCCACAGCCCUGACAACUCCGAGAAAGCCCCUCCCCGUAGGCGGAGACAUCGCCAAGAAAUCCCGACCCCGGGGCCGGCGGGAGCUAGUACCCAGAGGCUGCCCGGCGCGGACCGUGAAGUUGUGACGGCCAUGGAGAGCUACAGAGGCUUCUUGGCGCUGCUGGUGUCGGCGCUACCGGUCGGCUUCCUGUCGGUGCUUUUCACCCUCAUCUGGGUCCUCCACUACCGAGAGGGGCUCGGCUGGGACGGGAGCUCGCUCGAGUUCAACUGGCACCCGGUGCUCGCGGUGACAGGCUUUAUCUUCAUCCAGGGCAUCGCCAUCAUCGUCUACAGACUGCCAUGGACCUGGAAAUGCAGCAAGUUCCUGAUGAAAUCCAUCCAUGCAGGCUUAAAUGGUGUUGCUACCAUUCUUGCAGUUAUCGCUCUGGUGGCCGUUUUUGAUUUCCACAAUGCCCAGAAUAUCCCCAAUAUGUACAGUCUUCACAGCUGGGUUGGACUGGCAGCUGUCAUAUGCUAUGUCUUACAGCUUUUCACAGGUUUUUUCAUCUUUCUGCUUCCUUGGGCUCCACCUUCUCUCCGAGAAUUUGUCAUGCCCAUACAUGUUUAUUUUGGACUUUUCCUCUUUGGAACAACGAUUGCGACGGCCCUUAUGGGAGUGACAGAGAAACUAUUUUUUGUCCUGAAAGAUCCUGCAUACCAUUCAUUCCCACCAGAAGGUGUUUUUGUCAACACUCUUGGCCUUCUGAUUCUGUUGUUUGGGGCCCUCAUUUUUUGGAUCGUCUCAAGACCACAAUGGAAACGUCCUAAAGAACCAGAUUCUACCCUUCUUAAAUCAAAUUGUGACACUACAGAGAGAAUGGAAGGUGCCGUAGCAAUAAGCUCUGGCAACAACACAGACAGAUCAGAUUCAGAGUUAAACAAUGAAGGAGCGACCAGGAAAAGAAACUCCGGCCUGGAUGAUGUUGGCCAGAGGUCCACCAUGUAAAAUUUUAUAGAGGUGCAGAAGUAUAGCUUCCACUUUAAAAACCAGCUCUACAAUUUAGCUUCUCCUACUUAGCCAUGAGAUAAUUGAGCUACAGAGUGUCGAUAUUUGUUGUAACCAUCAAGGAGGGUUUCUUGAAAAGAGUCUGUGUGGAUUGAGGCCUAUGAACAUUCCUGAAUUGGAAAGGACUUGAUCAAUAUAAUAAUAGCUGAUAAAAUUUGUAUUUGUUGUACCUUUUGCUUGUUGAGGACCAAAGUAUUGGUGCAAUAUCUUGCACAGAACAGAUGCUCAAAAUGUGUCUUAUCAGUUGAUUGAUUGGAUAAACUGGCAGCUUCCCUAGCCUCUUGUCACACUGUCAUUUCCCGUUAAUCCUGGGAGCCCAGUGAUUUCAGAAGUAGAUAGUACGAGUCCUAAAAUUUUAAAAUAACGGGUUUUAGACCAUUAUGCUACACAGAUGUCAUGACAAGAGUAUGGUUGGGGGAACCUUAGGAAAAUUAUUAGUUCCCUUCUCCCCUGGCAGCCUUCUGCUCCCUCUCCAGUUGGUUUGGGCUUAUGUUGGCCCUGGAUACAAGCAUUUUAUUAGGGCAUUUUGGAGCAGUCAAUGGACCAUGGGUAGUUGAAGAGAUCUUUUCUGGUCAGACUUGGAAGAUUUUCUAGAACUCAGCUUCAGUCCUAGACUUCCUUAGAUUCUAGACCUCUUAGAAAAAAAAUAUGCCUGAAUGCUUAAGAAGCAUAAACUGCUCUACAAAUCUCAAAGAGCGUCUUUUCCUAAGUUUGUUUUUAUUGUUUAAAGUACUUACCUGACACUACGUGCUAGAUGCUCUUCUAAGCUCCCUCAGCCCCCAGACAGACCUUAUGGGGUGGUUAUUAUCCCCUUUUUACAGGUCAGACAUCUGAAGCCUGGAGAUGUUAAUAACAUGCCUCAACACCACAGUGGAACUGCCUGCCAUUCAAACCCUGGCAGGCCAGCUCCUCAGCCUGGGAUCCCAGUCACUUCACUGUGCUACUUUUCUGUUUAAUACUAAUUUGUACCCCUGAAUAAACCUCAGUUGCUGAAGUGGACUGGAAUGAGGCUAAAGGGGUGUUUCUUUGUGGCUGUCUCCCAGUGAUCCUCCAGAUAGCCAAAGAAUAGGGGCCUCUCGUGUCUGAACAUAGAUGGGAGCCUCUGCUGCUGCCAACAAGCCUUAACCUGCCUCGAUGCCCUUUUAAUCUUAAAAUUGUGUCUUGGCAACAGAGAGGUUUGAACAAAAACAUAUGCAGCUUGCAAAUUUGAUGAAUUAAUUGCAAUAUUCGUUCUUCAGGAUCUUAGCUGUUGAACAACUUUGUGUUUGGAGAGAACAUUCUCAUGGACUGCCCUUUGCUGGGGCAAAAGCCAAGAUCCUUCCUGAUUUUCAUGGAGUUCCAGGGGCUGUUUUGAGCUUUGGGUUCUUAGUAAUGAAUUGAGACUUAGAGAUGAUAACAUUUUAUGCAUGGAGGCCUCUAUCUAGGCUCUAAACUGACUUAAAACCUAGAGUAGUUAAAUGAUGUUUUUUAGGGGGGGGUUUCGUUGACUUUUGGCUUUCCUGCAGUCUUAAAUUGAAGCAUUUUAGAAUUCUGUGUGGUGGCAUACACCUUUAGUCCCAGCUGUUUGGGAGGCUGAGGCAGGAGAAUUCUUUGAGCUCAAAAGUUUGGGGGCAUCCUGAUCAACAGAAUGAGACCCUGUCUCUUAAAAUAAAUAAAUAAAUAAAAUAAAAUAAAAUAUAUAUAUAUAUACACUUAUAUAUGUAUGUAUGUAUUUUAAUGUGUAUAAAAACCUUAUAGUUUAUACCAAAUACAUUUGACGUUUUUGGUGCUUAAUGGACUUCUUUUAUAUAACUGGUAAUUACUUCCAAAGACUGAAUACAAGUUAGACUCUAUCGUAUUCCUUAAAUUUCAUGGAUAAUCAUUCAAGAUUUCCUUGCUUAAGCACUGUUUUCCUCUUAUUCAGUUAAUUCUAUUUCCUAAAUUGUUAAUGGUGUCAGAAGGAUCUGCAAUGCUCAGCCCAAAGCCUAGAACAUGGUAGCACAAUUAAAUUUAGUAUGGGUGCUAAGUGGAAGGAGUAAUUGCAUGUCACACACACAGUUUGAUAAAUAGAUGUUUUAUUACAGGUAGGUACCCCAAAUUCCAAGCUUAUUUUGAGGAGAGGGGAUGGUGACUGUAUCCCAAGAAGUGAGGCUACCAUUUCUUUUUAUAUAGGCCAAGAAAGAGGUGAUCAGUGCACAGCUAAUUAUUUAGCACUAGAAUAGCUCCAUUGCAAAGUAUUUGAUCAUCCUUCAUCUCAACCUUUUAUUUUCUCUCAAUUGGGCUAAUGUGAGGGUAAUCUUAGAUAUUGUAAGGACUUCUUUUCUUUCAUUUUCAGCCUUUAUGAAAAGGAUAUGUAGUAAAAUAUAUCUAGAAAACUUUUCUGUUUGA